AAACUGGAUGAAUCUUCGGGAUGCAGAGACGGGCAAAGUGCUGUGGCAGGGAACGGAGGACCUCUCUGUACCGGGAGUAGAGCACGAAGCUCGUGUCCCAAAGAAGAUCCUGAAGUGUAAAGCAGUGUCCAGAGAGCUCAACUUUUCUUCCUCAGAGAAACUGGAGAAGUUCAGACUGGAGCAGAAAGUUUUCUUCAAAGGACAGUGUUUAGAAGAGUGGUUCUUUGAGUUUGGUUUCGUUAUCCCCAACUCCACCAACACAUGGCAGUCUCUGAUAGAAGCGGCUCCAGAGUCCCAGAUGAUGCCAGCCAAUGUUUUAACUGGUAAUGUUAUCAUAGAGACCAAGUUCUUCGACGAUGACCUGCAUGUCAGUACUUCCAGGGUACGGCUUUUCUACGUCUGACAUUUAACCCCCCCAAGUCUACCUUCCUGAAUGCUGACACCCUGCCAAGGUCUGUAAAUACCCAAGGUUAGCUACAAUUCACAGCGGUAAAGAGCUCGUUGCUGACGUGGGAUCAGCAUGUUGGGGUGAAACCCAGCUGUGGCGCCACAAUCAGUCAAGUGAGCUCGUGUUCUCUAGUUUUGUGUCGACUUGAAAACCUCUGGACCUUGGAAGAAGAGGGAAGAGGAGAGAGAACUCGAUUGCUUCCCCUGUUCCAGGAUCACCUCUCUCUCUGUUUUCCCCUUCAGACUGUUUCACUGUAAACACGUGAUCACUGAUCUCAAGUCAGCUAGGGAAGCCCUCUUGUGUUUUUUCUUUUUUGUAGUGCUGCCCUAUCUCACUCCCAGGUAGCAUUUACUCAGGAACAGAACAGAUGUGUAACCUUCUGUGAAUAGAUAUCAUGUUUUCUAAUCUCCAUGUGUCAUGUCAUGGCUGGUCAAAGAUGGACUGUUGUUGUUGAGGGAAGGUGAUGCACUCAAGCAGGGGUGGGGGAACUCCAGGCCUCAGGGGGCUGGUGUCCUGCAGGUUUUAGAUAUCAGCCUAGGUCAACACACCUGAAUAAAAUGAUUAGUUCACUACCUCUGGAAGUGGCCUCUGGAUAACUUCAAGACAUGUUGAGGAGGUAAUUUAGCCAUUUAAAUCAUGUGUUGGAUCAAGAAUACAUCUAAAACCUGCAGGACACGGCUC